GGACAAGACAAGGGAUUGCGCUCUACAUCGCAACCAAGGUCACCAUCACCUUCUCCUCGUAUCGAUCAGCAUGGAGGCUUACAAUGCCUCGCGCCAGGCUCGCCUGAAGAGUCUUCGGGAAACACGAGAUCAACAGCAAGACUCUGGUCCAUCAGCUUCAGCGUCAGCUUCAGCAGGAGCAGCAGGCUCUUCCUCCUCGUCCAUCCACCCCUUUCGACGCGCCUUUCUCUCUUCACAACGGACCUCCCUUCGCCCUACCCGGCACCUCCAAGAAGUGAACGAUGACGAUGGAUCAGGCGAAGCAGCAGCAACAGCAGCAGCAGAUCUAGCAAACCCCAGCAGUGAAUCUUCCGCACAGCGUCUCGCCGAUUCCUCCGCCGAAGGCAUCCUGCUACGUCGCUUCCGUAAUUGGGAUCCCAUGACAGGUCAGGCGCGCGAUGGGACUUGGAGCACCGUAAAGGGCAUCGAGGACGAGGUCAAAGGGGUGCAGGAAGAAGUACUCCGAGAGGAAGAAGCCAGGAGGGUUAGAGAAUUGGACUUGGCGGGAAUUGCACCCAAGAGAGUUAAUUGGGAUUUGAAGAGGGAUAUGCUCAAGAGGUUGAAGAAGGUUGAGAGGAGGGAUAGAGAAGCAAGGUUGAUAUUGAUUCGUGAGUAGGGCAGAGCGAAAGGUGUGCCGUGCUUGACGUAGAGUGCUGA